AUGCAGCCAGCUCAGGAUCUGGUGUCCUUUGAAGAGGUGGCUGUGCGUUUCACCCGGGGGGAGUGGGCCCUGCUGCGCCCAGCCCAGAGAGCUCUCUACAAGGAAGUCAUGCUGGAGAAUUUUGGGAACGUGGCCUCCCUGGAUGCCUACCCUUCAAACCUCCUCAAAAGCUCUGCCAGAGAGACGGGCUUUGCAGUGCCUCCAGAAGAUCUCCACGGUGGGAGCUUCCCUCACCUCCACUGGGAGCCCAUUCCACCGAAGUUGGCCUGGGCCCUGGUGGAUGCCAGACCGGGACCUGUGAUUGCCAAACCUGAGCUCAUAUCCUGGCUGGAGAAAGAGGAAAAGCUGUUUCUCCGUGGCUGCGAUGAAGUAAAGGGAUGGGCAGCUGGAAGUGUGCAGGAGUCAGCCAGUGAAAGGAUAGAGUACCCAGUGAUGAAGAAAGAAGAUGUGUGUUCAGAUGUGAAUGAGAACAUAGGAUAUUGUGAUUUACUGAGCAACGAGAAAGGAAAUUUCAGUCAGAGUAGAAGCCUUGCUUCCCAUCGAAGAACUCACACAGGGGAGAAACCAUAUGAAUGCCUAGAGUGUGGGGAAAGUUUCAGUCAGAUUACACACCUUACUUCCCAUCAUAGAAUUCACACAGGGGAGAAACCAUUUAAAUGUAUACAGUGUGGGAAAAACUUCAGAAACAAUGGCUACCUUAUUUCCCAUCAAAGAAUUCACACUGGGAAGAAACCAUACAAAUGCCUGGAGUGUGGGAAAACUUUUGGGCGGAAAGACAAUCUAAGUUCCCAUCAAAGAAUUCACACAAGGGAGAAAAAAUACAAAUGCCUGGAAUGUGGAAAAAGGUUUGCUCAGUGUGGAAGCUUUACUUCUCAUCAAAGAAUUCACACAGGAGAGAAACCAUAUAAAUGCCUGGAGUGUGGCAAGAACUUCACUGGGCAUGGAAGCCUUCAUUACCAUCAAAGCAUCCACACAGGGGAGAAACUGUAUAAAUGCCUAGAGUGUGGGAAAAGCUUCAGUCACAGUAGCAUCCUUACUGUUCAUCAAAGAAUUCACACAGGAGAGAAACCAUAUAAAUGCCUGGAGUGUGGGAAAAGCUUCAGUAAGAGAGGAAAUCUUACUUCUCAUCAAAGAAUUCACACAGGAGAGAAACCAUAUAAAUGCCUGGAGUGUGGCAAGAACUUCACUGGGCAUGGAAGCCUUCAUUACCAUCAAAGCAUCCACACAGGGGAGAAACUGUAUAAAUGCCUAGAGUGUGGGAAAAGCUUCAGUCACAGUAGCAUCCUUACUGUUCAUCAAAGAAUUCACACAGGAGAGAAACCAUAUAAAUGCCUGGAGUGUGGGAAAAGCUUCAGUCAGAGUGGAAAUCUUACUUCCCAUAAAAGAAUUCACACAGGGGAGAAACCAAAUAAAUGCCUGGUGUGUGGAAGAAGCUUUAGUCAGAGGGGAAAUCUUACUUUGCAUCAAAGAAGUCACACACAAGAGAAACCUUAUAAAUGCUUGGACUGUGGAAAAAGUUUCAGUCAGAGUGGAAGCCUUGCUUCCCAUCAAAGAACUCACACAGGGGAGAAACCAUAUAAAUGCCUAGAGUGUGGGAAAAGUUUCAGUCAGAUUACAUACCUUACUUACCAUCAUAGAAUUCACACAGGGGAGAAACCAUUUAAAUGUAUACAGUGUGGGGAAAACUUCAGUAACAAUGGCUACCUUGUUUCCCAUCAAAGAAUUCACACUGGGAAGAAACCAUACAAAUGCCUGGAGUGUGGGAAAAGCUUCAGUAGGAGUGGAAAUCUUACUUCCCAUAAAAGAAUUCACACUGGGAAGAAACCAUACAAAUGCCUGGAGUGUGGGAAAAGCUUCAGUAGGAGUGGAAAUCUUACUUCCCAUAAAAGAAUUCACACAGGGGAGAAACCAUAUAAAUGCCUCAUGUGUGGAAGAAGCUUUAGUCAGAAGGGAAAUCUUUCUUCACAUCAAAGAACUCAUUUCGGGAAGGGCAGCAUACAAAUGCUAGCAGUGUAG